AGUGCGCCAAAAGUUAAUGGCAGUGCAGUUGAGGUUAAUGUCUCAAUAAUUGUGUUAACUAUAACUCCCGAUGCCGACUCAAAAAUGGAGUUUGAUGUCGAUAUGUUUUAUCAUCUUUAUUGGAAAGACUAUAGACUACAACCGGUUCCCGAUUCAGAUAAACUUAUUCUGGAUUAUGAAUGGAAAAGCCGUUUGUGGAUUCCCGACACAUAUUUCAGAAACGCUAUCAACGGAGGAAUGGCUAAUGAUGUCAUAUCUCCGAGUGUUUACUUUAUUAUUAAUAAUACAUACGACGUGUUUAUGGCGGCCAGACUUCGGGUCAAAUUUAGCUGUGAUAUGAAGUUUGAAAAAUAUCCUUUCGAUAAACAAAAGUGUUUUAUUAAUGUUACCACUUUAUCGCAAAAUAUAAAUACCGUGCGUUUGAAUUGGCACUCCUUCCGGAUGACAUCCAAUGUGGAUCAGCCGGAGUUCUUCAUUAAAUUUCACUCUAUAAAUAGCUGUCUUAAAGAUUAUCAGAAUUUAGGUAUCCAUUCAUGUCUGUAUGCAAUGAUACAAAUGAACCGAAAUGUUGGCAAUUAUCUUAUUAAACGUUUUGUGCCAUCAUUUCUAAUAGUUAUUAUGUCAUUCAUUGGCUUCUGGAUACCGCCGCACAUAACACCGGCUCGUAUAUCGUUAAUAGUGACAUCACUUUUAGCAUUAAUAGCACAACAAAUUCAGGCUGAGCUCAAUGUGUCAUAUAUUUAUGCACUCGAGGUUUGGACCAUAAUGUGUAUCGUCUAUGUCUUCGCCACUUUGAUUGAAUACGCUUUGGCCAUAUCGUGGACACAAAGUCUUGACACCAAUAAUAUCAAUAAAAAACAGUCGUUUAAAACUAACUGUACUAUUGAUGUCAUAUCAAGAUUUAUAUUUCCUUUUUGUUACAUUUUAUCUAUCAUUUCAUUCACUGUUAUCUAUUAUAUUCUCGAUUGA